GUUUUUGUUGUUGUUGUUCUUUGGAAGGAUUCCACACUAUCUGACGUUUCACGGAAGCAAAGAGCGGCGCAGCGGCGCGGCUCUUCCACUUUCCUUUCAUGCAUGUCGUGUAGGGCCUCCGUGGUUCCACGGCUGCUGCUGCCGCUGCGACCUCGACGCCUCAGCGGACACACUCUCCGUCAUCCAGUCCUCGUUGCAUCGUCAGCAGCAGCGGCCACGUUCAUCAGCGCACGCCCCUACACUUCCCUCCUCCGCAAGCUCGGCGACUCUGUCACGGCCAAAGUAACGCAGCUCACAGAAGCAGUGUGGCUGGCAGAUGAGAAGCUCGUCACGGAGCCGCGGCGCACGAUUGAGCCGCAGCACGCCCUCUCGCAGAACCUCGCCGAGCGGCUGGCAAGGCAGCGCGCAGUGAAGCAGCGCCUCGUCCCCACGAGCGUCAAAGUCGACCGGUCCCGCCAGUACGUGGAGUUUACCUGGCCGGCGGAGGCGGCCGAGCUGAUGCGCGGCGUAUCCGCGGGCGGGCAGUCUCCCCCUCCUCCAACGGCGUCGCCGAGCUUUCCCGAUCGUAGCACCGCGACCGCGCCAUCCGCUCCCUCUUCUUCGCCAUCAUCGUCUCCUUCAUCACCUUCUGUGUGUGCUGCGGUUGCGGAGACCGACAACAGCGAAGGGACGACGACGCCGCCGCUGCUGCGCACGCGUGCACUGGCGGAGUACCUCCGCGCCUACACCCCCAGCACUGAUGGUGCACUCGGCUCACGGGAUAUCGUCAUUUACGGCCGUCGCGGGAUUUCGAUUGCGCAGAUCGUGCCUAUGGGCAACUACGCCCUGCGCUUUGUCUUCUCCGACGACCACGCCGGUGGCAUCUACAGCUACGAGUACUUGUUCUACCUAACCGGGCCGGCGACCAAAUACGGGCUGAUGCGGGCGUACAUUCGAGACUUGCGAAGGAGGCGCAAGUCGCGCGAUCCGCCGAAGCGCGCGCCAUCGAAGCGUUACGCGAAGGGGAGGGACGGCGGACAGACAGCACUCGAAUCCGCGAAGCAUGGAAAAGAAUAG